AUUUUAAAUUAUUCAAAAUAGGGAAACUAUGUAUUGGAAUCAGAUGAAUUUUUGGAAAUGCAAAGGCCCGAAUUUGAUACUAUCUUAUGUUUGAGUCUUACUAAAUGGAUACACUUAAAUUGGGGUGACGAAGGUGUGAAAAGAGUUUUCCGGAGGAUGUAUGCUCAGUUGCGACCGGGAGGAAGAAUGAUUCUGGAAGCACAACCAUGGCCUUCUUAUGUUCGCAAAAAGAAGUUAACGGAAACUACUUUUAAAAAUUAUUUGUCGAUACAAAUGAGACCUGAGCAGUUUAAUGAAUAUCUAUUAUCAAAAGAAGUUGGAUUUAGCACAUGUGAAUUAAUUGAUGCACCAGCUCAUCCAUCAAAAGGUAAAUUUAUUAUAAUUGUUUUCUCUCUUCAAAUUUAUAUAUAUACAUAAAAGAAAAUAUUUAAUUUCAU